AUGCGCUCCGCCGAGCCCUGCCGCAUCCUCCUCCUCCUCCUCCUCCUCCUCCUCCUCCUCCUGCCGCCGCCGCCCGCCGCCGCCUACUUCGGGCUGACUGGGAAGGAAGCCCUGACCCAGUUCCCAUCCCUGGGCACCCCGGGGGGCUCUGGCCCGGGCCAGGGCCACGUGAAGCAGUGCGAGCUGCUGCAGCUGUCCCGCAAGCAGAGGCGGCUGUGCCGGAGGGAGCCGGGGCUGGCGGAGACGCUGCGCGACGCCAUCCGCCUGGGCGUCCUCGAGUGCCAGUUCCAGUUCCGCAGCGAGCGCUGGAACUGCAGCCUGGAGGGACGGCCCAGCCUGCUCAAGAGAGGUUUUAAGGAGACAGCCUUCCUGUACGCCGUGUCCUCGGCGGCGCUGACGCACUCGCUGGCGCGGGCGUGCAGCGCGGGGCGCAUGGAGCGCUGCACCUGCGACGACUCCCCGGGCCUGGAGAACCGCAAGGCCUGGCAGUGGGGCGUCUGCGGGGACAACCUCAAGUACAGCACCAAGUUCCUCAAAAAGUUCCUGGGCCAGAAGAGGAUCGGCAAAGACCUGCGGGCCAAGGUGGACAUCCACAACACCAAUGUGGGCAUCAAGGCGGUGAAGAACGGCCUCAAAACCACCUGCAAGUGCCAUGGUGUGUCGGGCUCGUGCGCGGUGCGGACGUGCUGGAAGCAGCUCUCCCCUUUCCACGAGAUCGGGCGGCUCCUGAAGCUGCGCUACGACGACGCCGUCAAGGUCUUCAGCACCACCAACGACGCCGUGGGGCACUCGGAGCUGGCAGGGCCACACAGACACGGCCACUCGGGCAAGCAGCCUGCCCUACCUCGCCCCACCGACCUGGUGUACGUGGAGGACUCGCCCAGCUUCUGCAGGCCCAGCAAAUAUUCCCUGGGCACCGCGGGCAGGACCUGCUCCCGUGAGGGCAACUGCGACAGCAUGUGCUGCGGCCGGGGCUACAACACCCAGAGCCGCCUGGUCACCUUCUCGUGCCACUGCCAGGUGCAGUGGUGCUGCUACGUGGAGUGCCAGCAGUGCAUGCAGGAGGAGGUGGUCUACAGCUGCAAGCAGUAG